AUGUUAUUAGAUGAUUAUUGUGAAAAACAUCCGAAUAUUAUAAUUGAUAAAUUUCAUAAAACAUCAAAUCGUCUUGAUCCAGAUUUAUCACAACAGUUUUGGCAACCACAAAGUUUUAAACGAUUUGGUGAUGCACAUAUCAUACAUGAUGAAAUAUUUGAUUCACAUCGUUGGGCAUCAUUUAAAAAUUUAUUAUUUUAUAUGUUUAACUCAUCAUUAGCCAAUGAUUUUGAUUUAUAUUAUAAAGAAUUUAUUCUAACUUUAAGAAAUAAACCAGAAGAUCAUUAA